ACUGUCAUGUCAUUUUUUGUUUUUGGUUUUGUUCAAAAACUGAAAUUCAGGAUUUUUGUAUAUUAUAGUUAAUUUUUAGAAAUUAAAAAAUGGAUGAACUGGCAGAAUUUGAUGAUGAAUGGGAUGAUGAUAUGUUAAAUAAUUUAGCUGAUGCAGAAGCCUCUUUUACUGAAGAUAAUUCAGAUUCAGACAGUCCUCAGGCCAAACAUUUAGAUGCUUUAAAACGCUUAUUUGGCCAUAAAGAAUUUAGACCGAUGCAAUGGAAAAUUAUUAGUUCAAUAUUAAACAGUAAACGAGAUAAUUGUGCUAUCAUGUCUACAGGUUAUGGAAAAUCACUUUGUUUCCAAUUUCCAUCAGUAUAUAGAGGUGGUGUAACAUUUGUUAUUUCACCUCUUAUCUCUUUAAUGGAAGACCAAGUUUUAGCUUUAAAAGUUGCUAAUAUUCCAGCUUGUUUACUAGGGACAGCUAAUAGAAACCAAGCAACUACUAUAUGUGAAAUAGAAGAGAAUAAAUAUAGACUUGUUUAUCUAACUCCCGAAUUUUGUUGUGGGGAUUUAGGUACAGACUUACUAAUAAAAUGGAGUAAAACAUUAGAUGUAGUUCUGUUAGCAAUAGAUGAAGCUCAUUGCGUGAGUAGUUGGGGCCAUGAUUUUAGAGCUCAAUAUAGAAAGCUGGGUAAAUUAAGAGACAUUAUGCCUGAUGUUCCUAUUUUAGCGGUGACUGCUACAGCUACUAAAAAAGUUCGCGACGACAUUGUUAAAAAUUUAAAACUAAGAAACCCCCAACUUGUAUGUACGAGUUUUGAUCGACCAAACUUUUAUUUGAGCGUGAAACCGAAGACAAAUAAUGUUUUAAACGACCUUGAAUCAGUUAUGGUGAGGAAAAAUAAUAAGCUACAAUUCUCAGGACCAACUAUUAUUUAUUGUAUAACCAGAAAACUAACAGAAGAUAUAGCUGCAUUACUUAAAGCUUCAAAUAUUAAUUGUAGUCCUUAUCAUGCCGGUCUGCCAUUAAAGCAGCGGCAAGAGGCACAUGAAAAAUUUGUUAGAGAUCAGGUAGAAGUAGUGGUAGCAACUAUAGCAUUUGGUAUGGGUAUUGAUAAACCCGAUGUAAGGAAUGUAAUUCAUUAUGGAAUAUCUAAUAGUAUAGAGAAUUACUACCAAGAAAUAGGAAGAGCAGGUAGAGAUGGCCAGCCAGCAACCUGUGUUUGCUUUUAUUCUGCAGCAGAUUUUAGGUCUCAUAGGUUUUUACAAAAGGAACUCUCUGCAAUCAAUAAAGAACGAAAGGAAGCUCUGUUAAACAAUAUUACGAAUUAUGUUGAAACUACGGAUUGUCGAAGAAAAUUCAUCCUUUCAUAUUUCGAGGAGACGAUGAAUACAUCUAAGCGAGAUAGAUGUUGCGAUAACUGUUCAGCACCGAAACGAACUAUCAAUCUUGAAAAUUAUGAAGGAUUAGACACCAAUGGUAAUUAUGAUUUUUCCGAGGAUGCAAGGUUAUUUUUAUCCGUGAUUGAUAAUAUGCCUGGGUAUGGCAUUAACACCUACGUUAAAAUUUUAGUAGGAAAGGCUGAAAAAAAGUAUGAAUAUUUGUAUGAUAAGCCUCUUUGGGGAUGUGGAAAAAGUAAAUCAAACAAUUGGUGGACCGAAAUUGGUCGUCUUUUGCUUAAACACAAAUUUUUAACAAACAAAAAGUCUGCAAAUAAAUUUGUUGUUGUGUACAUUCUCUCGGACACUGGAAAACGUUUCUUGAACAGCACGGGAAAAUUAAUCACGGCUCCAACUGAUACCAUAUUGGAAUGUUUAACAACCAAAAGUUCAAUUUGGAUAAAAAAAGGUGAUCAAGUAACUAGUAGUCAGUCCACUAGCAGCCUGCAAGCGACACCAUUGGACCAAUUUUCAAAACAAGAAGUUGAUACUAAGACAUCGGAGGUAUACAGGUUGUUAGUGAACAAAAGGACGGAAAUUGCAAAUAGCGAAGGUUGCAUGCCUUAUAUGGUGGCUUCUACAAAAGCUUUACAAGAAAUAGCGGAGGCAAAACCUCAAACCUUAAAGCAAUUGGAGUCUUUACAAAUUGAUGGUUUUACGGUAGCUAAAUAUAAGAAAUUUGGUCAGUUGUUGUUAGAGGUGAUUCCUAAUAUGAAGAAGUCGAUUAAAGAAUUAUUGGUAAAAUACCCCCUGCCGGAUGUAAAAAAUAGUAUUAGUACCACAAUUAAUACGUCAUACUUGUUGUGUAAUGCAGGAAAGAGUUUAAAAGAAAUUGCCGACGAAAGGAAGUUUGCCAUAUCUACGAUAGAAACACAUCUAACAACUGCAAUGAAAGUUGGCCUUCCAGUGAAGUUGUCGACAUUUGACGUAGAUAGGAAAUUAGCCAAAACCAUAAUUAACGGAAUCCUUGAAGCAAAUGCAGGUUUAACUGUUUUAACACCGAUAAAAUUCGCUUGCCCAGAAAGUGUUACUUUCGGUCAAAUAAGAGCAUUGACAACAUAUCUACAAAUUCGGGAGCACUUGAAUGAGAAAAAUGCCUUGUAUGAAGAAGACGAUGAUCCGGAAUAUUAUGAAAUGUACAUAUUGGCUAAGAAACGAAAAGAAGAACAAAGUCAAACGGAAAAACUUAAUACGCUUCUUGAAGGGUUGGAAGAAGUAGAUAAAAAUGGUCUUGAUCAAGAAUAUUCACAAAAUUCGAAUUGUUCUGAUGAUUUACUAAUUAAUGCUUGCAAUUUUUAUGAAGGAAAAGAAGAGCAAAGUCAAACAGAAAAAGAUAAAGAAUUUAAAGAAAAAAAUAACAGUUCUUUUGAUGAGGUAUUAUCAAAUGUUCAAAAACAAGAAGAUAGUGGUGGAGACAAAGAUGAAAAUGAACCAAUACUAAAAAAAACCAAAUAUGAUUUUUCCGAGCUUCUAAAUUCUCCCCCGAGAAAUAAAGAUGCAAGCAGCGACUCAGAUGAUACAAUAAUACUCGAAGAAACCGAUAAUAUAAUUUCAUCUAUUGAUGCAGAUGGUCGAAAACAGAACGACGCAUCCAAAGAAUACGUAACUCCACAACCUGAACAGGAAAAGCUCACAACAAUUUCUGCAGGACAGACGAGUAAAUCUAUCAGUUUACCACCAUGGCUGAUGAAGAAGAGAGUAGGUUAAAGGCUGUUAAUAUUGUUAGUGUAAACAUCCGUUAAAAUUUGUUAAGACACAGGUUGUUAAUUUUUGUAUAUAUUUUUAAUCACUAACACUGUAUACUUAGACGGAUCCAUACAAAACAAGCAUUAAAUAUAUGCGUAAAGUGAUUAAUGAAUCUCCAAUUGUGUAUUUUGUACUCUUGGUUAUAAUGUAUGUUUGAUAUUAAUGAUCUUUUUUAUUUAUAGUAAAUUUCCU